UGCGCGGCGGCCACGGGGCAGGUCCUGGAGCCUGCGGCGUUUCGGCAUCUGAUCCCAACCCUGUGAGGUGUCGACCCGCAGCCACAAAUCCCAGUCCGCGGUCGUCCCUGCUCCUCCUCCCACCGCCCCAGCUGCUGUACAACCCCUCCGCCAGGCUUUGUGCAGUGGCUCGCACACCCCUCGGCCGGUGUACGCGCUGUGCACCUGCCCGAAAACAUGUUGCAGGUACCCGAGAGCGAGGGUCUCCCGAGCCCUCAGGCCGGGGGGGAGCAGCACAGCGGCCUUGAAGGUGAGACCCUGACCUUGACUGUCUCUCAGGAGCUGGCCCCGAACCCCCUCCUGCAAGAGAACUCCAAGCAGGGCCUCGGCGCCUUGAGGGAGGGGGCUGCGGAGCCCGCCUCCACCCAUAAAGGCGCGAAGACCUUGGCUGCCAAAGCCCUGGCACGGCGCAGAGCCUACCACCGUCUGAAUCGGACGGUGGCAGAGGUGGUGCAGUUUCUGCUGGUGAAGGACAAGAAAAAAGAGCCAUUACACGCUGAGAUGGUGAAGUAUGUUAUCGGAGACUUGAAGGAUGUGUUCCCGGAGAUCAUCGCAAGGGCCGCAGAGCACCUGCGGUAUGUCUUUGGUUUCGACCUGAAACAGCUUGACAGCAAGCACCACACUUACAUCCUGAUCAACAAACUAAAACCUUUUGAGGAGGAGGAGGAGGAGGACCUGGGGGGAGAUGGCCCCGGAUUGGGUCUCUUAAUGAUGAUCUUGGGGCUUUUUUACACGAAAGGUGAUAGCGUCAGGGAGGCCCGGGUCUGGGACAUGCUGAGUCUGUUGGGAGUGCUGCCUUCAUAUCACUCCCUCCUUGGGUACCCGAAAAGGCUUAUUAUGGAAGAUUUUGUGCAGCAGCGAUACCUCAGUUACAGGCGGGUGACUCACACUAGUGCACUGGAAUAUGAAUUCCCUAGGGGUCCCCGAAGCAACUUGGAAAUCAGCAAGAUUAAAGUCCUAGGGUUCGUGGCCAAGCUCCAUAAAAAAGAACCCCAGCACUGGCCAGUGCAGUACCGUGAAGCCCUGGCACACGAGGCUGACAGGGCCAGAGCCAAGGCCAGAGCUGAGGCCAGUAUGAGGGCUAGAGUUAGAGCCAGAGCCAAUGCUAGGACCAGCUUCCACUGCUGGUGAGGGCUAGUGGAAAGUUGGCCAAGGAGGGCCCCUCCCUGGGUAUGGAAGCUACUGUCUUGAGUCACAACUAGUAUAAGUGAGGGAGAGUAGUUAGUUUCUGAAAAAAUUGUGUAACUUUAGUAUUUAGGUUUUGUUAAAUAUAUUGUUAAAUCAUUUAUAAAUGAGAUUGGUCUUUUUUCUAUAGGAUUUUGUUGUAGAAUUUUGCUGUCUUUGUGAAAUGGAUUGAAAAACUUUCGUUUUAUUCUGUGUUCUUAAAACAGAUUGUGCAGCAUUAUAAUGCUACAAUUUAAUUGUUUGAAGGACCUUCAGCUUUAUGAUCUGGUGGGGGGGGGAUAGCUGAUUUGGUGUCUAGCCUCCAACACUUUUUGUCUAUUGUAUUAAAAAAAAAAAAAAAAAAAAA